GACAUGUUUCCGAGAAAGUUUCCACUCCACCGACGCUUUCCCCUUCUUCCCUUGAUGUGGCGAUUCUGAUCAAUCGGCCAGCAAGCAAAGCAAGAGCUGAGUUCCAAUUCUUCCCCGUCCAUAGAGCGGAGCCAUGGCAGAGGUGGUUGCCAGCAGCAUCGUGAGGUUUGUGUCCGACAAGCUGGGAGCCAAAGUGUUGAAAGAGCUGGGGUUGCUGAAGGGUGUGGGCGAGGAACUCAAGCGGCUGGAGAGCACCCUCGCCGCAAUCCAAGACGUGCUCGAGGACGCAGAAGCACGGCAGGUGAAGGAGAAAUCCCUCAGAGUUUGGCUGCGCGAGCUGAAGGAUGUCGCCUACGACUUGGACGAUCUGUUGGAUGAGACCGCAGUCAAGGCCCUGACCAAAGGAAAGGUGCGUGGAUUGCCUCUCACGCCCAAAUCAAUUCGAGUUCGGCAUGAGAUAGCUCGCAAGGUGAAGAAGAUGAGAAAGAGAUUAGACGCCAUCGCGGAGGAGCGAGCCACAUUCCACCUCAGGGAGGGAACCGCCAAAGACAGUGAGCCGAGCAGUGGCGUAAGAGAGCAAACAGGCUCUUUGGUGGAUGAAUCCCAAGUCUACGGUCGACAGCAAGACAAGGAGCAAAUCAUCGACUUCCUUCUCGGCGACUCUACUGAAGAACAUAAUAACAAUCUCGGAGUCAUUGCAAUUGUUGGGCUGGGUGGUCUCGGCAAGACCACUCUCGCUCAGCUAGUGUACAAUGAUGAGGGGGUGCGUCAGCACUUCGAGAAGAGGAUGUGGGUCUACGUUUCUGAUAAGUUCGACAGCAAAAGUCUCAUGAGAUCGAUCAUAGAAUCCCUGAGCAAAAAGGAGUUCACCCUCCCGGACAUGGACCCGAUGCAGCGGGAGCUCGUGGAACAGAUCAGAGGUAGGAGGUUUCUGCUGGUGUUGGAUGACGUCUGGAACGAGGACUACGAACUGUGGGAUAGACUGAGGAUUCUGCUGAACAAUGGAGCCAAGGGAAGUAAGGUUGUGGUGACGACACGAAGCCGGCGAGUCGCGUCCGUGAUGAACGCGGACGACGUGCACUUCCUCGCCGGUCUCUCCGACGACGACUGCUGGUUGUUGUUCGAGAGAAGGGCGUUCGAGUCGGGCAGCAGCGCGAGGAACCCCAGCUUGGUGGCCAUCGGCAAGGAGAUCGUGAGGCGAUGUGGAGGCAUGCCGUUGGCAGCCAAGGCUUUGGGGAGCAUGAUGCGGUUCAAGCGAGAGGUGAGCCAGUGGGUGGCGGUCCGGGACAACGAGAUUUGGAGACCCUCCGCCGACGUUGACGACGACCAGAUUCUACCUGCUUUGAUGCUGAGCUACAGUCAUCUGCCACCGCGUCUGAAACAAUGCUUUGCGUACUGCGCGAUGAUCCCAAAAGGCAAAACGAUGCGGAUCGAGACACUGGCUCAGCUGUGGGUUGCAGGAGGCCUGGCGGACCUGGAGGAUGUGGGAUCUCACUACGUGGAUCAGUUGCUGUCCAGAUCCCUUCUCGAGAUCGGUCAAGAGGAAGCGCAUGGUGCUGUGAGCCUGGUCAAAAUGCACGACGUCGUCCACGACCUCGCUCGGUUUGUCGCCGGCGACGAAUGCUCGAUCGUGGACGUCUGCGGCAGCACAGCCACCUCCCCAGGUUCGCGCUACGCGUCUCUACUCUUCGAUGGACGGACGCCAUCGGUUGCAGAGACGCUUGGCCAUCUGCGGAAGCUGCGAGCUUUGUAUGUGAUCGUGACCGAAGGCAUUUUUGAGGAGUAUGGUGUGAGGGUGCUCGACGGGAAGAAUGUUUACGGACGAAGUGCAGAGGAGCAAGACGAAGAUGAGAGAGUUCUCCUUGCCAUAUUCUCCACCAUGAAACCCCUGCGAGCACUCCAUUUGGAUGGCUUUCCCAUGAAAGCACUGCCUGCUGCGGUACAAAAUCUCGAUCAUCUGCGGUACCUCGACCUGUCACGAACCGACCUCCGAACACUUCCUCCGGCCAUCGGGCGUCUCCACAACCUGCAGAUCCUGAAACUGCUGAGUUGCACAGGACUCGAAGCAUUGCCCGAAUCGAUCGGCGAGCUGGUAAAUCUGGUGACCUUGGAUCUCUGUCUCUGCCGACGCCUUUCUUCUUUACCGGAUUGCAUCGGUCGCAUGGGCAACCUGCGGAACUUGGAUGUUUCCAGGGCUUGCAUCACCACGCUGCCGGAAUCGUUGAGCUCCCUCUCAAACCUACAGCUGCUGAAACUUAGAGACUGUUACUGGCUGCAUGAGCUUCCGAAGAACGCACAGAGCAUGAGAAGCCUCACACACCUUGACAUACGUGGUUGUUAUGGCCUGACCUGCAUGCCCGCGGGGUUAGGACAGUUGCGUCAGCUGCGGAUGCUGCCGACGUACCUGCUCGGUGAUGGAGAUGGCGAUGGAGGCCUUGAAGAGCUCGGCACCCUAAAUCUCGAAGGUGAAUUGUAUAUCGGGAAUCUUCAGAAUCUAAGGAGUGCUGCGGAAGCCGGCGAGGCCAAUCUGAGGGAGAAGCGGGGCCUGCGUUCGCUGAAACUAAAGUGGGAUCUGACCUCUUGGUUCCAACAAGAAGACCGGAAUGAUGUCGCGGCCAUUGGUGGGGAGCACACCGAGCCGGUGGAAGAUGCGCUAGGAAGCCUCCGACCGCAGCCAGACCUGGAGGUCCUGCGGAUCGAGGGUUACGUAGGCAAGGUGCUGCCGGGGUGGAUGAUGGAUUGCUCGAUUCCGAAUCUGGUGGAGCUUUCACUGGACUUCUUUACUCGAUGUGAGAAGUUGCCGGCGUUGGAGAGGCUCUCCUGUCUAACGGAGCUGAACCUGAGCAGAUUCCCCCGUGUCGAGUGCCUUCCACGGUUAGGGCAGCUACCCUGUCUCAGGGUCCUCUGCCUCGAAGCGCUUCCUGCUGUGAAGCGUUUGGGAUCAGAGUUGUCCGGCGGCGGGUGCGCGUUCCCUGCACUGGAGGAACUGCGACUGGUUUUCAUGUCGGAUUUGGAGGAGUGGUCAGGCACGGAGGGGGAAGAUUUCCUUCCUCGUCUCUCAGAGCUGGUACUGACGGACUGCCCAAAACUAGGAGCACUACCAUCGACGUUUCCGUCUGUGAACCGGCUGACGAUGAACGUGGACGACAAGCUGCUACUCUCUCACCUCGAACGUGGUGCGUUUCCAAACCUAAAGCAUCUGGGUAUCUGUAACUGCGACCUAGAUGAUGAAGCAGGCAUGCCAGAAGUCCUAGUGGAGCGCUUGGCUUCUGUCGAAAGCUCGUCAUGGACAGGAAGACCAGUUACCGCGUCCGAGUCUGAGAUGAUGAUGACGCAAUGCAUUGAGUUGACAGUGUAGAUGAUGGAAUAGACGACUUCUAACUUGAACCACUAAACCCCAAAUGUUCGCAGGUUAAUAAUGGUAAUAACUCAUCUAACAUAUCAUCUCCCACUUCUGAUAUCAGAUUAAAUGGGAGACUAACAACAUACGUAUGAGAUCCAUCAUGUCUUGAUGUCCUGAGAUGUCUCUAGCUUCUUCGUCUACAAAUAAUUCUUUUAUGAAUAGAUAGGUUCUGAUAUCAU